GUUCGCUGCGUUUCGAGCAGUCGGCAGCAAAUCACGGUAUCAGCAACAGCCCGAGCACCGAGAUUAAAUUGCUUUAAAACCCCUUUACUGGUAUUUAUGACCAAUACAAAUAAUAACUAGAGCUGGGGGGGAGGCGUGACCAGUAAGCACCAAUUUCCUUUCUCUUCGGUAAGCGAAAGACUCACCCACGACGAGUGUCUCCGGCAAACGAUUGGUAAACAGUUGGCCAACUUGAAGCACACACUCGCCCAAACGACAGACCGAUCGAUUCCGAUUUUGGAGCUGUAUAUCCAUCCCCCCCUCCAAUCUCUAACCGUCGAUCUGUUCCGUGUGUGUUCUUGUUUCUGGUUCUGGUUCACCGUGCAGCAGAUCGUAGUUUGGUCGUAGGCCGGUGAUGUGCAGGAGCUGUGGCGGACCAACGACGCUGGCAGGACGCUGCGGUGGUGGGUUUGGCGCUAUCGUGUCCGGUCGGUGGUCGGUAAAAAUUAGUGCAAAUAGAGUGAUUAAGUGGUGAUUAAUUUGUUGACGCAAGUUGCAAAAAUAACCCGUCCGAGGGGGGCGUGUGUGUGUGUGUGUGAGGAGAAUCCUUCAGUGGUAAGGCAAGGAGUGGAACAUUGGUAACUUGAUCGGACGGCCGCCUAUCCAGCAUUUUUGGACGACGGAAGAACUCUGGGUUUGGGACAGCAACAAAAAAAAAAAACCCGUCGGCCGUGUCUUCACAUCAAUGUCCAAUUAAUGCCCCAGCAUCAGCGGCUGCUGCAUAAUGUCCACCGUUGGAAGUAAUAAUUAGCGAACGAAACUCUCUCCCCACUUUGCCAGAGGGUGGCUUUGUUUUCGCCGUUUGUGGGCAUCCCACCGACGAUAAAAAAAAACGGAUCCUCUCAAAAAGCUCGACCACAAUCAUCCCGACUACCUUCCCAGAAGCGAAGAUGAUAAGUCGGCGAUUUAAUCGAUCGGAGACGGAAGCGGUUAACGGAGGCACGUUUGCCACAGUGUUCUAGCGUUUCUAGAGAAGUCUUACAAAUUGAUUUGUCAGGAAACAUCCCGACAACAGGUACCGCAGGCGAUACCGGUCUGGAGAGGCAUAAUAACCCCAUUUGAAGAUCCACCAUCGUCACGACAGCCAACCUGCUGCUAGCAUUCAUCAAACGUUCGGCGAACAAGUAACAAACGCACCCAACACCACCAUGGGAACCGAGCCGGGGACGACCAAUUCCUCCGGUUCGGGUGGUUCCGGUUCGCGGGGUGCCAAAAAGCGUGACUCUUGGCACACGGCACCCGGAACGAAUGGGACGUCCGGCGAUGGUGGUGGACGCGAUGAGCCACCCGAUUCAGCCGACACGAAAGAGGCUGCCGCGAACGGAAGCUCGGCCACGACCAAGCCCACCACCGAGACGGCACAGAUCCUGCAGAGCGGCAAGGAGCGGAACAUGGUGGUGGCGUUGACGGGCGAACGGCGACGGGAAACCUGGAGCCAGAAGGCGGAGUUUUUGCUGGCCGUGAUUGGGUUUGCGGUGGAUUUGGGCAAUGUGUGGCGCUUUCCGUACAUCUGCUACCAGAACGGGGGUGGCGCAUUUCUCAUCCCGUACUGCAUUAUGCUGCUGUUCGGCGGGUUGCCCCUGUUCUACAUGGAGCUCGCCUUGGGACAGUUUCAUCGGUGCGGUUGUCUGUCCAUCUGGAAGCGCAUCUGUCCGGCGUUGAAAGGUGUCGGCUACGCUAUCUGCCUGAUCGAUAUCUACAUGGGCAUGUACUACAACACCAUCAUCGGGUGGGCCGUCUACUAUUUGUUCGCCUCGUUCAGCUACGAGCUGCCCUGGACCAAGUGCGGUAAUCCGUGGAACACGGAAAACUGUUCACCGGUCACGGGACGGGUCAAUGCGACGACGCUCACCUCAACGACCACCACAGCAACGACGCUCCUGUCAUCGAUGGCCACGGAUGCAGCGUCAGCCGGUGUGACACUGGUUGCAGCUGCCGUGGGCAACUCGACGAUGGCCACCACCACCAUGCACCCGCACUACUACCACAACAGCGAGCAAUACCUGCUGUCCAGCGCACUGCCCUCGAUGCUGUCCAAUUUGACGACGAGUACGGUCGCGACCGUGGUGGAAGUUGUCCGUGAAGGACCGGCCCUGUCUAGCCCAGCGAGAGAAUUUUUCGAACGCCAGGUACUGGAGCAGUACAAAUCGAAUGGGCUGGACUUUAUGGGUCCGGUCAAGCCGUCUCUCGCUCUGUGCGUCUUCGGUGUGUUCGUGCUGGUGUACUUCUCGCUCUGGAAAGGGGUCCGUAGUGCGGGCAAGGUGGUUUGGGUGACGGCCCUGGCCCCGUACGUCGUGCUGCUGAUCCUGCUGGCUCGUGGAGUAACACUGCCGGGUGCUGCCGAAGGUAUACGCUACUAUCUAACGCCACAGUGGGAUAAGCUCAACAAUUCUCGAGUAUGGAUCGAUGCAGCAUCACAGAUCUUCUUCUCGCUCGGACCCGGCUUCGGCACGCUGCUAGCCCUCUCGAGCUACAACAAGUUCAACAACAACUGCUACCGGGACGCGUUGCUUACGAGCAGCAUCAACUGUCUGACCAGCUUUCUGGCCGGGUUCGUAAUAUUUUCCGUGCUGGGCUACAUGGCCCAGGUGCAGAACAAAUCGAUCGAGGAGGUAGGGCUGGAGGGUCCGGGCCUGGUGUUUAUCGUCUACCCGGAAGCGAUUGCCAUGAUGAAGGGUUCGGUGUUUUGGUCGAUCAUCUUCUUCCUGAUGCUGAUCACGCUCGGCCUAGACUCGACGUUCGGUGGGCUGGAGGCGAUGAUUACCGCACUGUGCGAUGAGUAUCCGCGCACGAUCGGCCGUCGUCGGGAGCUGUUUGUGUUGAUUCUGCUCGGGCUGAUCUACAUCUGUGCGCUGCCCACCAUGACAUACGGUGGCGUCUAUUUGGUAAACUUCCUGAACGUGUACGGUCCGGGACUGGCGAUACUGUUUGUCGUGUUUGUGGAGGCCGCCGGUGUGUUCUGGUUCUACGGUGUGGAGAACUUUUCCGCGGACAUCGAGCAAAUGUUGGGCAAGAAACCAUCACUGUUCUGGCGCAUCUGCUGGAAAUACAUCAGUCCGACAUUUUUGUUCUGCAUACUGAUAUUUUCACUGCUCGGAUACGAGGAAAUGCUGGGCGAGGAGUACGAGUACCCGGAGUGGAGUGUGGCUGCCGGUUGGGCAUUGACACUGUCGUCGGUCCUUUGCAUUCCAACGUACAUGAUCUAUAAGUUUUUGAGAAGUCCGGGCAACUGUAAAGAUCGCUUGAGACUCACGUUCAAACCGGAACCGUUGAUACCGACGGCUAUUCCCGGCCAGCUGUACACCGGCACCGCCGUCUGACAUGAUUGCGCGGAAGAAAGCUACAUGCGGCGUGGCAUCUUUGUGCGCCUCGAUUCACCAACGAACUCCUGCUGUUCCCCAAACGUCACCAUUACCGUCGCUAACCAUGAUCGUCGUUGUCGUAGUAGUAGAAGUAGUAGUACUUACCGUUGUAAUCGCGAACGUAGUAGAGGCUGCCGGCGAAGCAACAGCAGCAGCACCAGCUGCACUAGCAGCAGCAGCAGCAGCAGUAGUUGUAGCCAUCAUCAUGUUGGUAGUAAUAGAUGUACUCUUGGUAGGAAAGGGCGAUGCGCCUGCGUUGCCGAAGGCAUUGGUCAAUAUGAUAGUAUACGUGUUCGGGCAGAUGAAAGCAACUCGCUCUGUGGAGCGAUCCCGGUUGCGUCGGCCGUGUUGCUGCUGGAGGAUACGCGCUCAACCCCUACCGGUUGCUAUCCGUUCGGGCUGAAACUGUCGCAAGCCAUUCCGUGCUAUGCCGCGACGAACACGUUCCGUGGGAAGUUGACAUUUCCGUUGGCCACCGAAUGGUUGGUGUAGAUCUGAUCAAAUCAGCGUAUGAGAGAGGGAGAGAGAGAGAAUCAUGAGGGCUAUUGAAGGAAUUGGCAGCCGUCCGUAGCAACAGCCAUCUGCGGAUGCAUUAUGCUGCCCGCUCUUUCAUGUGCCAAAUGGGACAUUGGACGGAUCCUGUCGAAAGAUCUACACUCACCCAUUCGGCGGAUAGAUAGUAAAUUGGAGUUGGAAUUAUGUUUAGGUGUGGUAAGCAAAUCUAUUGAGCUUGUUGUGAGAUUACGUUCAACUCAGGACUUCUACGUUGAUUUGUCCCUUACCUGGCAAUGUUGUGCUACAACGUUGAUGUUGACAGAUUGAAGCGAGAAGUGAGAGCAUAGCUACAGAAGGAUCGUUAAGUAGAUACAAUUGUUUGAAAUAGGACCCACAUAGAGCAGAUAGGAAGUCUCCUACAGUACGAGAAGAAAAAAAAACACAUCUUAGGAAAAAUCAUGUACGGCUACCGGACAUAUUGCAAGUUGUUAGAUGCUUUUAUAAAGUUUUACAUAUUUCUAGCGGUCGAUGCAUUUAAUAGACUAAUUGGAAGAAAGUAUUUAAACGGAUAUUUAUAUCUCCAUAUACUAGAAUUUAUAUAUAUACCAGUGUUAGGCUAAUAUACCGUGUGCAGAGUAAACCCCCGCUGCUGAAUGUUUGCAUAGUAGAACUAUUUUUAUGGAAUCUAACCGUAGCGCCUAAGUAUGUACGGGACGUCGCAUUACCUGCGGCACACCAAACACAGAUGUUGAUGUCAGAUGGAAGCCAAGCAACGACCACGAACCCUGUUUACAAACCUGUACAACGCAUCCUUAAGGACCGCAUCUUGAGGUAUCAUUCGUUCAUCGAACACUUGUUUUCUUGCCUUUAUUCUACGCCAGUGUACCGCAGUGUUUUAAACUCUCCAAACCCUACUAGUGGAGAGGAUACCAGAAACGAAUGCUCUCCAAGAACCGAGUAUUUAGGAGUCGGGUCAGGACAAUAGCAAUCGAGCAGCAACACAGCCAUUUGCUGUUCGGUUGGGUUGAAAAUUCGAAUGCGAACAAUCGAAAUAGAAGAGCAAGAUGUCAGUGGUAAGGGGAGCAUUUUUGUUUCUUGCGGUUUGUUGACAAGUGCAGACGGAUGAGCCGAGGCCCUACAGGAAUCUUGUCUUUGGAUCGGAAAAUAGUAACACGGACAAUAAAGUUAUUUGAUGUUUUUUUGUUUUGCUUUCAUAAGUUUAA